AUGGUGAGGAGGCGGAGAAAGUUAGCCGAGGAGCUCGACGAUUGGGAAACAGAGUUCGGUAAGAAUAGAUUAAGGUUCAAAGAUUUGUACUAUGCGACCAAAGGGUUCAAGGAGAAGGAUCUUCUCGGAUCUGGCGGGUUUGGGAGGGUUUACAAAGGUGUGAUGCCCGGGACAAAGUUGGAGAUCGCUGUGAAAAGAGUCUCACAUGAGUCUCGACAAGGGCUAAUAGAGUUUGUGUCCGAGAUUGUGAGUAUUGGUCGGAUGAGUCACCCGAAUUUAGUCCCUCUUUUGGGUUAUUGUCGCCGAAGAGGCGAGCUUCUUCUGGUGUACGAUUACAUGCCCAACGGAAGGUUAGACAAGUACUUGUACAACACUCCAGAGGUAACACUCGAUUGGAAACAGAGGAUUAAGGUCAUUUUAGGUGUUGCCUCUGGCUUAUUCUACCUCCACGAGGAAUGGGAACAAGUGGUCAUCCACAUAGAUGUUAAAGCGAGCAACAUCUUGUUAGACGAGGAGCUCAAUGGGAGAAUUGACGAUUUUGGCUUGUCUCGAUUUUAUGAUCACGGGACGGAUCCUCAGACAACAGAUGUCAUUGGGACAUUAGGAUACUUAGCCCCUGAACACACCCAGACAGGACGUGCCACAACUGCAACUGAUGUUUAUGCUUUUGGGGCGUUUUUACUAGAAGUCGUGUGUGAUGCUAAAGAUACGAAUAUGGGUUCCGAAUAUGAUGAAAAAGAAGUGGAAUUGGUUUUGAAGCUAGGUCUAUUGUGCUCUCACUCCAACCCACGGGCUAGAUCAAGUAUGAGGCAAGUGCUACAUUGUCUUAGAGACGAUGCAAAGUUAUCAGAUUUGUCCCCGUUAGACUUGUCCAGAAGUGGGAUGAUGUUUGGGGUCCAAAACAGAUUUAGUGAAUGA